AUGAAAAACUUCUCCGAGCUAAUGGAGGCAUACGACCGGUACGUGAAGAAGCAUCCAGACCGCAGGACGUCUUAUACCGAAUUUGUCGCUAGGGAUCUCCCAAGUAUCCAGCUCAUGGCUGACAGCCCAAAGGACGACUGUGCUCUCCACGCGAUCCAAGUGGCGUUUGAGCUUAUGGGAGGGUUGGACAGAAAUGCCUGCAAAAGGAACUGGUAUACGGGUGUAGGAACCGGACCACUGGGUGUCGCGCAGCUGGCGUGGCGGGCGAAGAACCCACUUGAAGACGGAGCGUAUCUUAUGUACACCCUCAAGGCCUCCCGGCGAGGACAUUGCAUCGCGAUGCAGAAGAUCGGGGACGCCAUGGUCGUGCGUGAAGACGGCGCCACACAGGGCAUCAUGACCCAGACGUGGAUAAGGAGGAUCAUCUUCGUUCGUCAAAUUAUGCUGCGAAUGACAGCUGCGUAG